GCGCAGAUGACAGGAAUGUCCCUGGAGUAAGGAGAGGGGAGCGGAGAGUCACGCGGAGAAGCCAGAUCCGGAGGUAGACCUGGCACUGGUGGCGCCGCGGGGAUCCCGGGGGCUCCUAGACCCCCUACCCCAGGUCCCUCCAAAGCAACUGAGGUAAACCAGACGCCCUGUGAGGCCAGCUCAGCUGCUGGACACGGGCCCCGGCGCCGCUCCAACCAGACCGCGACCGCUAAGCCCCUCCUUUCGAGAAACUCUGCGGCCGCCCCUGGAAGUGGCGGGGCGAAGGGAUCGGAGGAGGGACCAGAGGAGCGAGGCGCGCGGCGCAGCGAUGGAGCCGGGCGGCGCUAGCGCUGAGGCCGGCAUGGAGGGCGCGGGAGGCGACCCGUACCGGCGGCCUGCGCGGCGCACUCAGUGGCUGUUGAGCGCCCUGGCGCACCACUACGGGCUGGACCGCGGCGUGGAGAACGAGAUCGUGGUGCUGGCCACCGGCCUGGACCAGUACCUGCAGGAGGUCUUCCACCACCUGGACUGCCGCGGCGCCGGCCGCCUGCCCCGCGCCGACUUCCGCGCGCUCUGUGCCGUGUUGGGGCUGCGCGCAGAGGGGACCACCGCAGCCGGGGAGACGGCAGGAGACGCGAACUCCAGAGAUGUGACCGCUGGGGACGCGGCCGCUGAGGUGGCCACGGAUAGGGACGCAGAUACCGAGGAAGAGGCGCUCCUGGCGCUGCGCGCUGAGCCACCGGAGCUCACCUUUCGCCAGUUCCACGCGCGCCUCUGUGGCUACUUCGGCACCCGUGCCGGGCCCCGGCUGCCCCGCGGCGCUCUCAGCGAGCACAUCGAGACGCAGAUCCGCUUGCGUCGCCCGCGCCGCCGCCGCCGCCCACCCUGCGUUCCGGGCCCGGACAGCGGUCCAGACUGCGAGCGCGUGGCGCGUCUGGAAGAGGAGAACAGCAGCUUGCGCGAGUUGGUGGAGGACCUGCGGGCUGCGCUGCAGAGCAGUGAUGCGCGCUGCCUAGCGCUGCAGGUCGGGCUCUGGAAGAGCCAGGCGAGCAUCCACGAGACUGGGCGCGGCGAGCCGGAGGCUGCGGCCCGGGAGCUGCGGCAGGCGCAGGGUGCCCUGGCUGCAGCGGAGGCCCGCGCUGGGCGGCUGCGCCGAGGCCAGGCCGAGGUGCGGCGGCGCGCGGAAGAGGCCCGGCAGGUGGUACUGCGCAGCCUGCACCGCGUGCGAGAGCUGGAGGCGCUGGCACGGCAGGUGCCUGGCUUGCAACGCUGGGUGCGGCAGCUGGAGGCGGAGCUGCAACAGUACAGGUCAGAGGCCUCCCAGCCCCCAUCCCUCCAGCGAGCCAGCCCAGAGCCAGGAGACAAGAGUAAUGAACCUGAGGAUGCUGGGACCAGAGACCCAGACCCAACUCCAGAGGGAGCCUGGCAGUCAGACAGCAGGUCCGGGAGCAGAGCCCUGGAUGAAGCAGCUGACGACCAGCUGUUCCGUUCUGUGGAGGGCCAGGCCGCCUCUGACGAGGAGGAAGAGGAACAGGAGAAGAAGUGGCAGGAGGAGCAGAGGACACCAGCAGCCGAGGUCAAGUCACUGCUGGCCCGGCUCUCCGGCUGCGGAGGCAGGUGUGAUGACCAGACGGCAGAGAAGCUCAUGACUUACUUUGGCCACUUUGGCGGUGCCGACCACGCCCGAACCCUGGGGGAGUUGGAGGCCUGCGUUGCCAUGCUGGUGGAGCAGCCAGGGACUCAGGGCUGCGGUGGGAGGACCCUGGGGACCUCUGGGGAGGAGGUCAGCAGAGCCCAGAGAUCAAGGACUGGAGCAAUUCUGGAGGAUCUCACAGCUGGAAGGGCAGAGCUGCAGCAGAAGGUGGAAGAGAACGAGCACCUGAGGCUGGAGCUGCAGAUGGUGGAGACCGAGAGGGUACGGCUGUCCCUGCUGGAGGAGAAGCUGGUGGAUGUGCUGCAGCUCCUGCAGAGGCUCCGGGACCUGAACAUAUCGAAAAGAGCCCUGGGGAAGAUUUUGCUGGGCACACUGGACUCUUUCAGGGACCCCACACACGAGGGGAGGCCCAGCCCCGCGGCCAUCCUGGAUGCCCUGCACCAAGCCUUGGCUGCCUGCGAGCUACUGCGGAGACAGCCCUCAGCACCAGCCUCUUCAUCAGCUGCACUCACCAACCCCCUCCUUGUCUCCUGCUGAGGUUACUGGACUAUAUUGUGGGCACCCCGCUCAGCCUGACUGCCAUUGGACCAGCCUCCGUGAUCAGCCCAACCACUGACAGCCAGUCUGACCAUUGUCAGAUCAUCAGAACUUGGGUCUCUGCUGGCUCCUUCCAAGGUUGAACCCAAGCCCACAGCCUCCCACUGCAGUGCCUGGCAGCCACCCCUUCCUUGGGCUCCUCCAUAUUCCCUCGCAGCCCCUGCAUUACUGCCUCCAGAGUCUACAUUAAAGCCUUGCAGUUGCUGGAUCAG